AUGGACCGAAAUGGCGAGCGCGAUCAAUCGCAGGAUGACGAUGGCUUGCGCCAGCUCGAACGGGACCGGAUCAGCAACGACCACAAGCUGAAGAGCCGGUUCGAACACAUCUUCCGCAAAUAUGAGCACGACUUCGAGGGCGUUGGAGAUGAGAUCGAUAUACAGAGCGGCGACAUCGUAGUCAACAAUGGUCAUUUGCAACACAUGCGGUAUGAGGUGGAUCCUGGCAAGGGCGCGUCGUCACGUUUCGUCAGAACAUUCCAAGAGAAGCUGGAUCAAGAGAGUGAGACUGGAUCAUCAGGCGAAGAUGAGUCGUUGGAAGACGAGGAUGACGACGGUGAAGAGGACGACGAAGAGAAAUUGACGGAAAAUGACACAUCUGAAGUUACCCGGGGAGAGCUCUCAGAUCGAGGUUCUGUGGACACCUUUGCGAGUUCGGGCCUGCGACGCUCCUUGAGACCUUUCAGCGAAAUGGCCAGACCUGCACCAAGACUGGCACACCUCCUUGUCGGCGAAGGGGCUUCUCCACAGGCUCUUGACUCCCCGGGCGACACCGAUAGUCAAUAUGCCAGGUCAACGCCGUCGAUUGCUUCCACACCAUCUAACAUCCUCGGAAAGGUCCCGAACCUACGCCAAUCUGUACUGUCCCUCAAUGCCAGUCGCCAGGAAGCCGGUUCUGACACCAUUCAAGCAUUGGGCGUGACUAUCGCCAACCAGCUUGCCCAAUUGAUGGCCGGUCCGUCAAAGAAGCGAAAGAGGAGGCCUCAGCAGCAAAGACGAUGGACUGAAAGCCGAGACCCAGUAUGGGGUUAUCCUGAGAUUGGCCGAGCGUCUCCUCGAAAUCAACCUCGAAGCCCGAGCCCCGUUGUGCCGCUCCAGAGAUCAUCUCCUCCAACCGCUACCCCUGGCGGGCAAUCUCUCUGGGCGCCUUCCGAGUCUGCGCAAUCCAGAAAGCGCCGACGCCUGAAUUGGCACCAGCCGCAGAUGCAGGAGUCCAGUUCUGGCAUUGUCAGCCAACAUGCUAGUACUCUGCUAUCGUCGGGAGCCCGUACGAGUGCCGACGUGAGGAGAUGCUGGAACUGCAGUUUGACUCGGACAGAGAGUUGGCAUGAAGGACCACAUGGUCAAGAUUUGUGCGCAUCCUGCGGCAAAUAUUACGAAUACCACCGACGGAUGAAGCCAUUUGAUUCACCCACGCCCUCGCUUGAGGACGACGAGGAAGGUGCACAGGAAGAACCACGAGAAGCACAGAUGAACGUAGAGGGCGAUACGAGAGCGACGGAAGAUCUGACACGACAAGACCAACUGGAGACACAACACUCGCUAGGACCACGCCCGCAUCUCAGACCGCCUGAUGCCUCAGCUUCUGUAUCGCUGAAGAAGCAGGCGCAAUUGUCGGAACAGUAUAUCCCGUCAGAUCGCCUCCAGGACUCGACUUCGGGGGUGCGUCGGGCACACCCUACAUCUCCGACAUUGGACUCUCGUCAACGCCACUUCGAGAGUCAUAUGCACGAUGUUGAGCAAGAGCGCUCUGGCUUGGCCGAACCGCUGGUCUCCCAGGAGGCCGCCGAAAUUUCUGAGCUGGUGGAAGAUAUUCAAGAUGGCGAAACAGCAAACCACGCGAAUCGAGGAAAUGAGCGCCCAAGCACACCGGAACCCCUUACAGGUAGCACAGUAAGCCCAUCUGGAUACUCCGCUAAUACUUCGCGCCCAAUACUCAACUCGCCUUCGGGCUGCAAAAGGAGUGCAAAGUACACAGUUGAAGAGGACGCGAAGAUCAUAAAACUCAAAGAAUAUGACUCACUCUCAUGGGAGACCAUCCAAGAUUGUUUCCCUGGACGGUCGCGCUGGGCUAUACAAGCCCAUUACAACCAGUACCUCCGUCACUACCCAAGUUUAGGCCGAAAAUAUUUAAACGCCCAACUUGGUAUCCUGCCUGACGCUACCAACACUGUUGUCAAUUCGUCGCUGUCGAAAGACAAUGCAUGGAACAAGGAGCAAGAUGAACUAUUGAUUGAGCUGCGCAAAGAUAAAGAGCUUCCAUGGACUGAGAUCGCAGGUCUCUUGCCUGGACACACUCCUGGGGCUGUAGAACAACGCUAUGGCAUGCUAUUAGAAGCUGCCAGGAGGCAUCACCCGGAACUUCAAGACGAGGAGAGUUUGUUGGACUCCGAUCUAGCUUCGGCAAUUCGACGAAAGGACCGCUUCUCGGCUGAGGAGGAUGCCAUGAUCGUACGCCUGAGAGAGGUUGAUGGCCUCAACUGGAGCCAAAUUGCGGAAAGGUUUCCCUGUCGUCAAAUUCAUUCGGUUCAGAAGCGUUAUUCGCUUGCACUCGAACCUACGAAACGAAAGAUAAAGAAGACAAGCAGAUUCGACCCAAUCUGGGGCACCAUGGAGGAUCGUCUGUUAGCCGUCGACCCAAGUUUGGCCGGCGGCGCGGCAUUCACACCAGCUGAGGACCAAUUGAUUAAGGAUUUGAAACAACAGGAAUUACUCAGGUGGCACGAGAUUGCCGCGAGACUUCCAGGUCGAACGUGCAAGGCAGUUCAGCAUCGGUACGCGUACAGAUUCUCCGAUGCUCUACCCAUCGAAGAAGGGACAUCAGGUACUUUACAAGAUGAAGACGUAUCACACCUUGGGCUUGCUGGAAGGCCGUCCAGGAUGGGCGUCGCCGAGGAACAGCCUAGAGUGGGCCCCGGCGCAAGGAGGCCAUUUACCGAGAAAGAAGAUAACCUGAUCAUGCAUAUGAAGGAAGUAGAGGACCGCUCAUGGAAAGAGAUCGCCCUCGAACUCCCGUGGAGGAACGCCAACUCCGUCGCUUCUCGUUAUCGGGAUGUUCUUCGAUAUCAAAACCAGGAACAGCCCUCCCGUCGCGAUCGAGGCACUUCACCAACCCAGGACUUGACAUUGACAGCAGGCGAGCCGUCCGAUAAGCAGGUUCGCCUCGUGCGCUACACGCCACAAGAGGACAGCUUGAUUAUUCGGCUUUACCAACGAGGCUUGCAUUGGGCCGAUAUAGCCGCACAACUACCUGGUAGAACCCAAGGAUCUAUACAGAAUCACUGGUCGUCGAAAUUGAAGUAUACUGUUCGGAAGAGUCUCCCAGGCACUUCGAAUGCGCAGCGAACGGACAGUCCUCUUCUGAGAAAAGCUGUUAGUAAUCGACUUCGAAGGCGCACCGUCCAUAAUCAGCCUCUACAUGACAGCCGCACUGGAUCAGAAGAGGUCGAACCUGAAAAUGACGAUGAUGUAUCUUCGUUGCUGUCGGAUGCAAACAGCAGUCUUGAUGAAGUCUCCUUUGAUCAUGUCGAUGAUGAAUGCGAGGCCAACGACCUUUACGACAUGGGUCAAAAGGCGGCCGACGGAAAUCAGGAACAAGACUCUGCGAUGGCAAAGACACAAAUCGUUCAUUCCCUUCCUGGACCAUCUCACGGUAGCGACAUACAAAUGCUCGAGACUCUCUUGCAGGCUGCGACUCGUUUUGCUGUACAGCAGACCAAUCCGAGCCUCUUCGCGCGGAUCAGGGAUAUCUACGACCAAGACAGCAAUGAUCCACGAUUGCAUCGCCUGUUAGAGGUCGUGUCCGUGAGUUCCGCUUCAAGUUCAGACGUCAUUGCGACGCUUGAGCAUGUUGUCAAUGCUUCCCCCGACUCCAGCAAGAGCGCUACCCGCUCGUUGCAAGCUGCUCUCACGAAUGCCAAAACGCGCCCUGGCACUGGGAAGCCUCGCCCGACUCGCCAAGCUCCUUACCCGGACUCCCGCCGGCCGUUCGCUAUAGAGAGGCGCGGACAGCGCCUAGAGCAAGAGCCCUCCCUAGGGGUCGUGACAGAGCCAGCGGGGAUCGCCUUGUCACGCCACUCUGGCCAUGAAGAGAAUGAAAAGGCUUUGAUGGACGCCUUCGAGCCAACUCGUAAAUCAACUUCAACCAUGAAAGGGUCAUCGAAAGCAACCAAACCGCAAGGUGCUUCAAAGUCGUCGAAGAGGUCUACGAAGUGGCCUUUGGCCCGUGAAGGAAGUGCUGCCGGCAAUCGACGGUCGGCUCGGAACGAAGCACAUUGCGUGACCCCAGAAGCGACGCCGCCGCCCGUAAACUCGUACGACUCUCCUUCCUCUACGGGACAGCUAUCCCCUGAGCCUACUCUUGCAUCGCCAACACGUCCAGAGCUAUCAUUUUCUCAGCUCGUUCGCGUUGCAUUUGAGGCGAAUGCCCGCCCAAUGCAAUGCAAGGACAUAUAUGAGUGGGUAGAGACCAAUUACGAAUUCUACCGACUCAGCCCGCCGUCUUGGAAGGCCAGAGUCCGUGCAGAGCUUAGCGCGAACCCCUCAUUCGAGCGUACGAUCACAGCAGAGGGCGAGAGGGCCUGGCAGCUUGUUGAAGGGGUGGACACUGAACCAUGGGGGAUCACGCGUGGACCUAGAAGGAAGCGUGGUGUGCCACCAAUGCCGUUCGAAGAUCUAGACGUUGACGACUCGAAUGCUGCUCACGCGGACGGUGCUGAUACCGCGACAGCGAUCGUUUCGAAACAUUCUACAUCUGAUCCACUUGAAGGGCACCCUGAACAGCCAAUGCGAACAGACAGGCAGCCAGACAAGCGCAAUCCUGACAUCGAUGCCCCACAUCUUCAGGCGGAUGUUGUACCGCUGCAUGUUGGAACGGCAAAUGGCAUCAACAAGGCGAGCCACAAUGCUAAAAUUUGCCAAGAGUCGUCAAAUUUCACAGAUGUUGAUUUUCACGCACCCACGAGCCCCGUGAUACCGGACUCCGAAGCUGAGUCUGACACGGAAACGAUAGUGGUGGCUCCAGGUGCAGCGUAUCGAUCGCGGGAAGGACCCGAGAUUGGGCGCAAAGCUCAUGCCAAGCCUCGCAAAUUAGCUACGCAAAAGAAGAAGUCGUUGGCGAACAAGUCUAUUGCUCGAAAGAAGUCGCGUGCUAAUAGCCUUCUGGAGCAGCAGAUUAUAGAUCUCACCCAGCUGGACGACGAGCUCUCAUCCAAUCCGGCGCCACCUGUUGACUCGCCAGUGCCACCACUACCAGGGGCAGGCAACCAGUUUUCCAUUCCAACAAGAUUGAAACAGAAUAUAUCAGGAAUGGCUUCUUUCGGCUCACCGGGCUUUGUCAGAGUUUCUACACCGGCAAGAUCGUAUGGACCGGUCAAGCAUGAAUCUCCUAGUGUUAGAGCCUCGUCGGUCUCUAGAGGUUCUCCUCUGACCAUUUUCGUGCAGCGAUCUACGCCUGCACUUGCAGGAAGUGCGAGAAGGUCGAGUGGGUUGGCGAGGUUUGUGGAGACGCCUGUACGGGAAGUGGAUUCCGAUGAGGAUGAAUUAGCUUGA